GUCUCACACCUCCAUCCUCAACCAGGAAGCAACGCGAUAGGAAAGGGAGGGAGGAGAUGGUGGGGGGCUGGGCGAUCGCGGUGCACGGGGGAGCGGGGGUGGACCCUGCCCUACCGGUGGAGCGCCAGGAGGAGGCGCGCCGGGUGUUGGUACGCUGCCUGACUGCCGGAGCAGCGGCGCUCCGGGCAGGUGCUUUGGCUCUGGACGUCGUGGAGAUGGUGGUCCGGGAGCUGGAGACCGACCCCGUGUUCAACUCCGGCCGCGGGUCGGCGCUCACCAGGAAGGGCACCGUGGAGAUGGAGGCCAGCAUCAUGGACGGACGGGGCCGCCGCUGCGGUGCCGUCUCCGGGAUCUCCACCGUCAAGAACCCCGUCUCGCUCGCCCGCCUCGUCAUGGAGCGCUCCCCCCACUCCUACCUCGCCUUCGACGGCGCCGAGGAUUUCGCCCGCAAACAGGGAGUUGAAAUGGUGGAUAAUAGCUAUUUCAUCACCGAAGAGAAUUUGGGCAUGCUGAAGCUGGCCAAGGCGGCCAACAGCAUCAUGUUUGAUUACAGGGUCCCUCUCACCGGCGCGGACUCCUGCAGGGCAAGCGCCGGACUAGUGGCCGACGUCGGCGGCGAACUGCAGAUGAUGAACGGCCUCCCGAUCAGCAUCUACGCGCCGGAGACGGUGGGGUGCGUGGUGGUGGACAGGGCGGGGCGGUGCGCCGCCGCGACGUCCACCGGGGGGCUGAUGAACAAGAUGAACGGCCGCAUCGGGGACUCGCCGCUGAUCGGGUCGGGGACGUACGCGUGCGACGCGUGCGCCGUGUCGUGCACCGGCGAGGGGGAGGCGAUCAUCCGCAGCACGCUGGCGAGGGACGUGGCCGCGCUGAUGGAGUACAAGGGGCUGGGCCUGCAGGAGGCGGUGGACUACGCGGUGAAGGAGAGGCUAGACGAGGGCAAGGCCGGCCUCAUCGCCGUCGGCAGGAACGGAGAGGUGGCGAUGGGAUUCAACACGGUGGGGAUGUUCAGGGGAUGUGCGACGGAGGAAGGGUUAAUGGAGGUCGCCAUUUGGUAGUUCAUUUUCAGUCACUAUGAAUCCUCCGUUUCCAUCACCGUGGAAAACAAUGGGAAUUAAUAAUAAAAGAAAAACUUUUUUAAAAUAAAAAACAAAACAAAA